UCUCUGACGCAAGUAUUUGAAUCUAACCUGCAAAACCUGGAGACAAAGCCAUUCCAAAUACCUUUCUUCUUCCAUAGCUUUCAAUAAUCAACGACGACUUAUCGCCGGCCGGAUUCUUGUAUCGUAUGUUUCGAUUUCUCAAGAAGAUUUUGGUUUCUAGAUAGAAGUCGAAGUCGCCGACUGAUGAUGCCCUUGUUUUGGUAAGCUUACGAAAAUCAGAAUCUAUCUCUAUUUCAUGUGUGUGAUGUACAUUUGAAUGAAUUGAUACGGUUUUAUGCUAGAUUUGGUUGUAAUUCGUAGCUGCUAUUUGUUUGAUUUGCAGAAGGAACAUGGAGGAAUAUUUCUGAGGUUGCCAGAUAAAAAGAAGGGGAAAGAAGAAAUAGUUGUGGGGGUUAAAGAAGAAGAGGAAGAGACAGGAACAGAGCGAGUGGGUCAGCCAUAGGCGAGUCGUUUUCGAAGUAAAAAGGAGAAGAUGCUGACGUGUAUAACGUGCUCAAAGCAGCAGGUAGACGAUGAAGGUGAGGAAGUGGGAGCGCGUGGGAAUAAAGACGCCGUCAAAACUCUCACUACCCAGAUGAAGGACAUGGCAUUAAAAGCUUCUGGUUCUUCCAAAGGUAAACCCCCCACAGGCCCAAGCAGUUUCAAGAGAGCACACACAGACUAUGAUUCCAUGUUAUCUAAAGGUUAUAUGCAUUCUGGUGGAAGUUCAAGUUCCACCGCGCCUUGGGAUUUCAACGCGAAUGGAGGUUACGAACCACCUCGGCAAUCUGGUCAUUUGGUUUUGGAUGACGACGAUGACCCGACAGAAUGGAUGGCUCAGGUGGAGCCCGGUGUUCAAAUCACUUUUGUGUCCUUGCCCAACGGCGGAAACGAUCUCAAGCGCAUCCGAUUCAAUCGAGAGAUGUUCGAUAAAUGGCAAGCGCAGAGGUGGUGGGGAGAGAAUUAUGACCGAAUCAUGGAGCUUUACAACGUUCAGAGGUUCAACUGUCAAGCUCUUGACACACCCUCUAGGUCGGAGGACGGGAGAGACUCGACCUAUUCAAGGUUUGGAUCAGUAAGAGACAGCCCGAUGAUGAACCCGAUAAGGAACAAUUACUAUAAACCUCCAGAGCAAAUUAAUCAUUACAAUGCAUCAUCCAUGGAUGCAUCAAGAACGACAACAUCUUCUCGAGAUGAGACAUCAGUUUCAAUCAGUAACGCCAGUGAUAUGGAUUCGGAGUGGAUAGAGGAAGACGAGCCGGGUGUUUACAUUACCAUCAGACAGUUGGUAGACGGAACCCGAGAGCUCCGGCGUGUCAGAUUCAGCCGUGAAAAGUUUGGAGAAGUUCAUGCAAAGCAGUGGUGGGAACAAAAUCGGGAGAGAAUACAAUCGCAAUACCUUUAACGACAAUCAUACGCUUACGUACUAACAGAUGAAGAAGGACGGGGAGUCGACAAGCCUUCGGCAUCAUAUACGAGCAUUUUGUACUCAUGUCUCUUUCGUUAUUUGCAGUAAUGUUGUAUUUAUAUUUGGGAACAGAAAGUAGGAGGUUUGUUGGGACUUAACAAGCUAAGAAGAUUAUGUACAUUUGGGGUAAAACCUACAAGUUCUA